UGGCAAGAUGGAGUCAACAUUUCUAGUGCAGUUUGUACACAAAAUUUUAUUAAACGAAUUCAUGUAAAUAAUCGCUAGUAUAUUAUAACAAUAAGUAAAAAUCUACUGAAACAGAUGUGAUGUUCGUAUUGAGAUAGUUUAGAAGAGUGCAUAGUGUCGAAAAGUGCAGAAAAUCGUAUAUCGAAUUCAGACCUCGUACACAGAUCGGAUGUGCUCAUGCCAUGCUUGUAUGAAAUGAGCAGUAAAGAAGCGAUAUGUGCCGCAUAAAGCGAUGGAGUCAUACGACUUGUUCGGGGAAGAUGGCAGUGGAAUGUUGGAAGGCUUACCCGAACUGGGUUCCGUACACCUCGACCCGGCGGUGACUGGCGAUAGAAAUGCCCCUUCAGCUUACACGCAGCCAGUUUACUCGCAAGAGAACCCUCUUCAAAAAUUGGCGACAUUCGGCACAAGCAGCAGCACAUUCUCCCACAUGGAUCCAAAUACUCAACAGAAUCUGUAUGCACAAGGGUACGGCGCUGGCGGUGACGGGCGACCGCCUAUGGGACCCCCCGGCGGCGGCUACAGCCACACUAGGCAGGUGCCUCGACCCCCCGCAGGCGCUCCAGCCGCCAGCCAGUACCCUUACCAGGCGGCAGCCGACAGUAUGUACUCCAUGCCGGACGUGCAAGUAGGGGCCAUGGGCGACACGAGCGCAAUGCAGCCUGGUUGGGGUCAGCACGCGGCAGCUGCGGCCGCGGGAUAUCCUGGAAUGCAUCGAUAUUCUCAGAUGAAUCAGUAUAGACAACAGACAAUGGCGGGAUACCCUCAUCAACAAGAACAAAAGCAACAGUUUCCUCCCAGCCAACAUCCUAUGAUGCAGCAGCCCCAUCAAUCCGCUUAUCAAAUAUCCCAAAGACACACUCCUCACGGAUAUCCGCAAGGGUCUGGUUAUUCCGGCCCAGCCUCUAGCCAAAGUUACGGCGGAUAUAUGCAUCAAAGAAUGCCGCAUCAUCAUCAAUAUCCUCAGCCACAUCAUCAGAUGGAUUUGCAAAGCCAACAGUAUAAUCAGAUGGGCCAUGGUCAACCCAUACCUCACCCCACGGGGCCUUCUGCAGGUCAUAUGGGUCAGUCUCACGGGGUGGGCCAUCCGCCUGCAUCUAAUCAACAGGCACCCGCUCAGGCUCCAAUGCAACACCCAGGUAGUAUGCCAAAUUAUAAUCAGAGUCAUCAAUCUCUUCAACCGAUGCAAAGACAAAUGGAGGUCCAGCCGCCACCACAGCAGCAAUACGUCCCUCCUAAACAUACAGGUCCUAUAGGGAACUCAAGCCCACAGUAUCGCGCACCUUUCCCACAGUUAUCGCCGCAGAUGUCACCUCGACCACAAAUGUCGCCAAGACCUCAAGCACCUCAAAUGUCUCCCCGGCCUGUAAUGUCGCCCGCUAAGCCCAACAUGUCUCCCCAUCAACAACACACUCAAAUGCAACAAACGAAUUUAAGUCCUAGGCCGGCUACAAGCCUCACUCCGAAGACUACGAUAGCGAGCACAAUGCCGCCUUAUUCACAACAAAGUACCCUUCAAGCUUUAGAACAAAUGGUUAUGCCGCCGUCUAGUACUAACAUGUCUGAAUAUCCAUCUUACCAGUCUCGAAACUCUCUAGGGCCACCUCCAGGUUCUCAACAUCCCCUAUCUCCUGUGAUGAGUAACGUUAUGAGAAGCCAGAUGCCGGAACAGUGGCCUCCAUCUCACUCUCCAAGACAAUCUCAGGGUCACCUGACAAAUCUAAACGGAAAUAUGUCCGUUAUGGAUCAAGUUUCGGCUAAUCAAAAUAUACCCGCCACUCAAACGCUGAUGCCGACACAACUACCUCCAAACUCCAAUUUAACAAUGAACUCGGAGUCGAUGUAUAUGAACGAGGAUAUGAGGUUAGAAAAACCGACUUCGAUUUCGGAACCGCAUAUGGACAAUAGAAUACCCACUCCGAUUAAGGAAAGAGAUACUACUACACCUCAAACGCCGCAAAGUAUGCCUAUGACGCACGACUUUACUUCUGUGCAAUCUCCUACUACGAGUAUGCCGGAUAAAAUGCCUAGUAGUACGACUAAUACUGAUAUUAAUUUGCCCAUCUCUACCCCUGCUACUCUAUCUCACCCUCCCACGCCUACCCCAACGUCUACGACUGAUGAUAAUAUCGCCAAUAUUCAAGAAUCUAGUCUUCCUUCGAAUUGCGACUCUGUCAAACAAUUAGAUGAACUUAGUAAUACUAGCUCGACAUCAAAUCAGCAUAUUUCGAGUCAGAGCAAUGCAACACAUAAUUUUACUGAUUUUAACUGCGUUUCGAGCAUGACCGGUUAUCACAGUCAGCCUUCGACGCCUAAAGGUGGGGGAAAUAAAUCUGACGAUUUAGUUCAAUCGAAUGUGUUCAGCCACGAAAAUUCACUCUCUCAAGAAUCUUUACCUGAAUCUAAUAAAUCUGAAUCUAGCAUACCUCAAUCGCCUCAACUGCAAUCUCCCAGUUUUCGCCAGCAAAUUUCCGCAUCCUCUAACUUGUCAAAUCAAGAUAACAAGUCCGUUUAUAGUAGUAAUCAAGGUGGAGUGAAUUCCCCAGCGUCUCCUUGUCAAACUCAUUCACUAUCUAAUCAGAAUUCUAAUCAGAGUCAAUCUAAUCUUAGUAAUACUUCAGCUAAUGAACAAGUACUUGGAAGUAAUAACACUUUACUCAGUGUAACUCAGCAAUUACCUAGCGCUCAGAUUCAAGAAAAUCAAAAUACAGCUUUACCACCAAAUUCUGCCGAACAUCAUUCAAUUUCCAAUAUCAUUAAUGCUAAUCAGAACGCUAUUGGCGAAGUAGGAAUACCUGUAAGCUCGAGUAGUUCAAGCGUCUUAGACAAGGGACCCGAAGUUCUUGGUAUUACUAGCGCUCCUCAAACUAUUCCUCCUGUUCCUUCUGUUAAUACUCAUAAUGUUUCACCAAUGGGAAUAUCAACUCCAAAUGUUGGUGUGAAUAGUCAAACAUUAUCCAGUAUACCAAAUCAAACAAAUUUACCUCCAAACAUAAUGCACGGUCAAGUCACUUCAAAUACAAAUAUGUAUGAUCAAAGUUCGAUGACCAUGAUGGGUCCGAAUGGCAUGCCGAUACCUAGACAAGUAGCACCAGGAAUGGGCCAUGGUCCGAUUCAGGGAAUGAACCACUCGGGAAUGCCUAUUAUACCUGGAAUGAUGCCAAAUAUGGGAAUGAUACCCAAUCCAGAAAUGUCAGGUUAUCAGCCUCCUAUUAGCCAUCAACAGGAACGGGCGGCUUUACAACAACAAUUACAAGAACUCUACUGUAUGCCACCAGCUACAGAAAAUCAGGAAAAGGUUUUGAACCUUCAAGAAAAGUUAAACCUUUUGAGCCAGCACGAAGCUACUGAGCAAUGCAACGGUGGUCCUCAGUGUAUCUUACAAAGUCCAAUAUUUACUUCGCCUAUGAUAGAUAGUCCUCAGGUUACUAGCACUACUGGUAGAGGACGAGGUAAAGGAUCUAACAAGCCCCGAAAACCUCGCGGAAAGAAAGGAGAGAAAGCAAUUAUUUCAUCGGAUGCUGAUAUUACUCAGUCACCGGUAAUACCCGCGCAACAGACCCAACCUCAACAGCUACCGGUGUCCGAAGAUUUUGUUACCCCAGGCGCGGGACUAAAUAUACCAUCCAGCGAGAUGUCCGAUUUCACAGACAUGGCAAUGGAUGAAAUUUCCGAAGACAACAAGAAAGGAAGAAAACCUCGAGAGCCGAAGAAACCGAAAGUUCCCAAGGAGGCUAAACCACCGAAAGAACCAAAACCUCCCAAAGAAAAGAAAAAGAAGGCACCGAAGGAAGCUCAGGACGCUGCUAGACCCAAAAGAAAAUACGUAAGAAAGAAAAAACUUACCGAAGGUUCGGAGGGAAGCGCUACAGAUGAAUCUAUGAAUAAAUCGACAGAAAGUUUACAAAAUCUAUCUGGCUUGUCAGAUAAGCAAUCGUCAGAGGAAGCAGAGGCUAAAGUUGAUAGAGAUAACAUCGAGCCCGAAUCCUCAUCUGUCGAUAUGGAUAGAGACGAAACGGAAAAAAUGCAGGCGGAUUCUCAAACUCCUUCAGAAGGUCCGUUGCCCGAGUCUAGCGAGGAUCAGAAAAAGGACGAAUACGCAUUUGAUGAAAACCAAAUAGAAGAAGAAAUCGGUGAAAUGCCGAAGAAAACCAAGAAAGCUAGACCACCACCUAGGAAGGUUAUAAGUUCCAAAGCCGCUAAAAGUAAAAGCAGCAGCAAUAGUUCGAAGCGUAGCGCUAGACGAAGGGGUGUUCAGAUCGAGUCUGAUGGUGAAGGAGAAGAUUUAAUUACCACUCCUCCUCCGUCUCCUCCUCCAGACGAUGACUCGUCGAACAAACGUCGUUCAGCUCGUAAUACUCAAAGAAAGAAGUACAUAGACGACGUGAUGCUUCGAUUUUCUGACGAUGAUACUCCUCCGACACCUAGAAGUAGAAAACCACCGGUGCCAGAUAAACCGGUAAUAUCUACUUCUGCCAGUUCUGCUUCGUCCCCACCUGCUAGCACCGGUACUACACAAGAGACUGUUGUCGAAGAAUCCUCUUCGGCAUCACCAGACGCAAAUAAAGGAAUGAAUUACGUUUAUGUUAAUACGUCAGAUGAAGAUUCAAUGGUGGUUCAGUACGUUUUAGCAUCAAGAAUGACAAAAAGAGAACGAAAAAUUGAAGAGAUAAAAGCAGAAGCGGUAAAUGAAGAAGAAAAGGGGAAAGAGACAGAAAAUGAUGAUGACAAAGUCGAAGAAAAAGAAGACGAUAAGAAAAAAGACCAGACUGACGAAAAGAAACAGCUCAAAGAUGAAAUCGAAGUUGUUGAAUUAGAAGAAUAUUUCGUUAAAUACAGGAAUUUUUCUUAUCUACAUUGCGAAUGGAAGACGGAAGACGAAUUAUUUAAAGGCGAUAAACGAAUAGCUAAUAAAAUUAAACGCUUCAAACAGAAACAAGCCCAACAGCUAAACAUAUUUGAAACUCUUGACGAGGAACCGUUCAAUCCUGACUAUGUAGAGGUUGAUAGGGUUCUAGAUGUAUCUGAGCACACGGACCCAGCUUCGGGAGAAGUGGUUAGGCAUUACUUAGUAAAAUGGAGAGCGUUGCAAUACGAGGAUUGCACGUGGGAAUUGGAAGAAGACGUUGAUCCCAUUAAAAUAGAACAAUACGAGAAAUUCGCUAAAAUUCCGCCGAAAGAUAAGUGGAAACCUAAAAAGAGACCUAGUCCAGAUGCCUGGGAAAAAUUAGACGUCUCUCCUAUUUACAAAGGAGGUAAUAGUUUAAGAGAAUACCAGUUAGAAGGACUAAAUUGGUUGUUAUUCUCGUGGUACAAUGGUCGGAAUUGUAUUUUAGCCGAUGAGAUGGGAUUGGGUAAAACUAUUCAAAGUUUAACGUUUAUACACUCGGUUUGGGAGUAUGGGAUUAGAGGACCUUUCCUUGUCAUUGCUCCUUUGUCGACUAUUCCCAAUUGGCAAAGAGAAAUCGAAAGUUGGACAGACAUGAACGUAAUAGUGUAUCACGGUUCGGCAUCUAGCAGAAACAUGAUUCAGGAGUACGAAAUGUACUUCAAAAACGAAAAAGGACAGUUUAUAAAAGACAUAACGAAGUUCAAUAUUUUAAUUACUACUUUCGAAAUUAUCGUGACUGACUUUGCAGAUUUGAAAGGCUUCAAUUGGCGAUUGUGUGUUAUCGACGAAGCUCACAGACUGAAGAAUAGAAACUGUAAAUUGUUAGAAGGCUUGAGACAAUUAAGUUUGGAACAUCGAGUCCUUCUUUCUGGUACUCCGCUACAAAACAACGUUAAUGAACUGUUUUCGUUAUUGAAUUUUUUAGAACCGACGCAGUUUUCAAACUCGGACGCAUUCAUCAAGGAAUUUGGGUCCCUUAAAACCGAACAGGAAGUACAAAAAUUGCAAUGUUUAUUAAAACCGAUGAUGCUGAGGAGGUUAAAAGAAGACGUAGAGAAAUCUUUGGCGCCCAAAGAAGAAACUGUGGUUGAAGUGGAGUUGACUAACAUACAGAAGAAGUACUACAGAGGAAUUUUGGAGAGAAAUUUCUCAUUUCUUACGAAAGGAACAACCUAUGCUAACAUACCUAAUCUUAUGAAUACUAUGAUGGAGUUACGAAAAUGCUGUAUUCAUCCGUACUUGUUAAACGGAGCGGAAGAUCAAAUUCAGUACGAUUUCAAACAACAGAAUGGCGAAGAUCCCGAUGCUUAUUACAAGGCCCUCAUCAAUUCCAGCGGAAAAAUGGUUUUGAUUGACAAGCUUCUACCGAAGUUGAAAGCAAACGGACAUCGAGUACUGGUAUUCAGCCAGAUGGUGAAAUGUUUGGAUAUUCUGGAGGACUAUUUAAUGUUCAGAAAAUAUCCGUACGAAAGAAUCGAUGGACGGAUUAGAGGGAAUUUACGUCAAGCAGCUAUCGAUCGUUUUUCCAAACCAGACUCUGACAGAUUUGUUUUUCUUCUAUGCACCAAAGCUGGUGGUCUGGGCAUUAAUCUAACAGCAGCCGAUACAGUUAUCAUUUACGACAGCGAUUGGAACCCUCAGAACGACCUGCAGGCCCAAGCGCGCUGCCACAGAAUUGGUCAACAGAAAAUGGUCAAAAUCUACCGGUUGCUAUGCAGAAACACUUAUGAAAGAGAGAUGUUCGAUAAAGCCUCGCUGAAGCUCGGUCUAGACAAAGCUAUAUUACAAAGCAUGAACACUGGACAAGGAGAUAAAGGUUCGGGCCACAGGCAACUGAGUAAGAAGGAGAUCGAAGACCUGUUGAAAAAGGGGGCCUACGGUGCUCUUUUGGAUGAAGAAAACGACGGCGACAAGUUUUGUGAGGAAGAUAUCGAUGUUAUCUUAGCGAGGAGGACCCAGGUCAUCACCAUGGAAUCUGAGAAAGGUUCUACCUUCUCUAAAGCUAGUUUUGCGUCUAGCGCUAGUAGAUCUGAUAUUGAUUUGGACGAUCCGGAUUUCUGGAAUAAAUGGGCUAAGCGAGCUGAAAUCGACACUACAGAAAAAGACGAAAGCGAAGAUCUUGUAGUUUCAGAACCCAGAAAAAGAACCCAAAUCAAAAGAUACGGACAUGACGAGAGUGCUUUGGAUAUGUCCGAGCUUGAAAGUUCCUCGGACUCGGAUCCAGAAAACGAGGGUUCCGGAUCGGGACUAAGGGGUAGUAGAAGGAAUAAAUUGAAGAAAAAGAAGCUCAGAGGUGACGAUUACUAUCCUAGAGAAGGUGAAAAGGGUGAAAUGGUGUAUGGGAGCUGGUCGAGACGCGAGUGCUUCAUGGUUGAAAGAGGUCUGUUGACUUUUGGUUGGGGAAGAUGGUUGGAGAUCCUGCAAAAUUCACAGUUGAGGAAAGGAUGGAGGGACAACGAUAUCGAGGAUUGUGCCAGAGUAAUUCUGUUAUACUGUUUGAGAUUUUACCGAGGCGAUGAGAAAAUUCGCAAUUUCAUUUGGGACUUGAUAGCUCCCUCGGAAUAUGGCGAACAAAAAAUCUCCAGAAAUCACCAGGGCCUGAAAGACCCCGUGCCAAGGGGCAUAAGGAAUAAACACAAAAAGAAGCCCAGCAAGGAUACCAGGCACGCUGCGUUAACCGAUCCUAAUCACUGGAGCAAAAAUGAAAAAUACGACGGAGAUAUAUUUUUGGAAAAUAAUUAUAAGAAGCACCUUGGACGGCACGCCAAUAAGGUUCUCCUUCGUGUCAGGAUGUUGUACUACAUUAAACACGAAAUAAUCGGAGACUUGGUCCAGCACAUCACAGAUGGCGUUCAAGCUAGUGCCUUGCCGAUAUACCCCCCGGUAACGGAGCAAUUGCCUGCCGCGUGGUGGGAUUCCGAGUGCGACAAAUCAUUACUGAUCGGGACUUGGAAACACGGCUACGAGAAUUACACGGCGAUGCGCCAGGACGGGGCUCUCUGUUUCCUGGCCAGGUGCGGCCCGCCCACCGACCGCGAGCUCCACCAGAUGCAGGCCGCAGUCCAACAGCCGCCCACGCCGCUGGCGCCAGCCAACGACGACGAUAUGGACGACGACGACACCAACGAGGAGUCCAGCUUGAAGUCCAAAAACCGCGACGCCUCGGAAGGCAAUUCCGAGAUCGCGGAGCCGUCUCCGGGUCCGUCGGCUUGUUCUGAAAGCCAGCAGCUGGAAGGCGACGAUUUGAAGGACGAGACUGGCGACGAUAAGACACCUUGGCCUACCAUAACUGACCUGAACACGAGGCUGCGAAGGGUUAUUACGUCGUAUCAGAGGAACUAUCGUAAAGAGGAGCAGAAAUUGCAGGCCACUAAGGCAAAGCAGCAACAACAGCAGCAGCAGCAGCCGUCUGUAGACUCCGCGAGCCUGUCCUCGCCGUUAGCCGCCUUGGCCCAAGUGUCACAACAGUUCGAUUCACGCGACGCAGCCUCUAUAGGUUUAAGUUGGGACUUGCAACAGUUGGCUAUGUAUCUCCUGAAGAUGGAGAGGCAAGGUAAACAGGCACUCGAACAGGCUAUGAAAGAAUCUACUAAGUCAGACAGGGAACGUCACACUAUAGCCAAACGUUGGACCAAGCGGGAAGAAGCUGAUUUCUUUAGGAUAGCCUCGUCCUACGGCGUGAUCUACCAUAGAAAAAACAAGAAAUAUGAGUGGUGUAAAUUCAAGCAGCUGGCUAAACUCGAGAAGAAGUCUGACGAUGAACUGACUGAAUACUACAAGCAUUUUGUAAUGAUGUGCAAAAAACAAUCGGGUGGCAAUUUCGACGAGGGUAAUUACGAUACCACCAUCGAGCAUGUUAAUGAAGAGAAGGCUAGAAGGACUUUGGAGAGGUUAGAGUUGCUCUCCCGUAUCAGGGAAGAGAUCUUGACUCAUCCGAAACUAGACGAGAGAUUGAAAGUUUGUCUCUCGUCGGCGGACAUGCCUGAUUGGUGGGUACCGGGCAAACACGACAAAGAACUGUUAAUCGGCGUUGGAAAGCAUGGUCUUGGUAGAACUGAUCAUUAUCUCCUAAACGAUCCCGAAUUAUCAUUUCAAGAAGUUCUGAAAAAGAAGGUGACUUCUGAGGUACAAGACACCAAAGGCGCUAUUAAAUUAGAAAGCCACGAAGAUAUUUUGAAAUUUGAUAAAGACGAAAUUUUAGUUAAGCUCGAAAAAGGCGAAGGAACGCUUAAAAUCGAAAAAGUAUUAGCUAAAAAAGAGUGUCUCGAUAAAAAAUCGCCUGAAGAGGAAGAAGGAAAGGAUGGAUUUGAAGUUACACCCGAAUCUAAACCAGUAGAACCAACCAAAAUGGAAACUGAGACUGAAGAUAAACUUGCAGAACCUGUAAAGGAAGAACCGGAAGAUUUAAACAAACAAGACAGCGAAAAAACUGAACAAGUUGAUUCAGUCGAAGUAAAAGAAGCAGAGGUUAAGGAGGAAGAAGAACCGAAGCCUGAGGCUGAAGAGGAAAAGUCUAAACCUCUUGAGCUGGAAACAAAAGACAAAAAGGACGAGAAACAACUAAAAUUGGAAGAAGAAAUCGCUGCGAAUGAUUUGUGUUCCAAACAAGCCGCAGAACUGAAAGCUAUGUUUCCUGACUUGGAGGUUAUCCAGCCUUUGUCCCGACUAUCACAAGUUGACACUUUUGUACUUAGAGACAAACCCGGGCCUGCAGGUGUUCUGGACUUCAGCGAAACUACAGUUGCACAGUUAUUCAACAGCGCUAUCAAGUGGCCCAAAGAAUACGCUAUUCAAGUUCGUUUGCAACACAUCAUUUACGCCGUGGAAACCAAAGAAUGGCCCGUUUCUAAGUCGUUUUCUGCCUACGCCACUGGCAUAGGCAACGAGUUCGACAUUCCCAUUCACGAGCUACCAAACGAACAACCCAAACGGGAGACUUCCACUCCCGAUAUAGAAAUAUCGCUGGCUAAGAAAGUGGAUAAGAGGAAAAGACAUAUUGCUAUCGAUGUCGAAACUGAAAGAGCAAAGUUGCAUGCUUUGUUGAAUAGUAGUCACUUGGGGAGUAAUUUAUCGUCGAAAUCGCAUUGGGAUGAAGACUCUGAGGAUUCAAGGAGGUCAACGCCACAAGGAAAUCUUCAACCGCCACCGGCACAUCAACACCGAGCUUCCACGUUGAACAUGACAGUUGGUCAGAUGCCGUUUGAUUAUGCCAACAAAUAUCAACCUGCUUUAACUCCCAAAACUAUAGGACAGACGACGGUGAUUCCCGGAACUAGCAGUACUCUAACCCCCAUAGAUUUGAGUUCUAGCAUUCCAAAGACCGACAAGGUGUCGAUAGAUUUACAAAACGAGGUGCAAGACUUUUCUCUUAAGAAGCCCCCUACGCCUAGUGGCAGCGGUAGCAGUAUUAGUAGUGGAGCUUCGAAAGCGGGCAAUAAGUUAGAUGACACUUUGUCUAAGUUGAUGAAGAGGAAAAAUUGCCCCGAACCUGAACCUGUCGUUGGCAAAGAAAAGAAACGUCGCAAAUUGGACGAGAUCGUUCUGGGACUGUCUGCCGCCAAGGAGCAGUCCCUGUUCCCCGAAACGACCAAGAAACCUCCCGUCACUCCUAGCGUAACCGUCACGCCUACCAGCGCUCCCGUAAGCACCUCCCACAAUAACCCCUCCCAAAAACCUUUCACCAUAACAGUCACUUCCGUUCCCUCAGCCGCCCAGUCCUCGUCCAAUCGGGGCAACGCCAUGCCGAACAUGCUACCUACGCUCUCGUCCAAGGAUAGUUUCUCCACGUUUUUGGCGCAGGCCGAGCAACAGAAUUUCAUGCUGAAGAAACAGCAGCAGCAUAGAAAGAGCUAUGAGGCUAUGAUUGCCGACAUCGGUUCCAAAGUCAAUUACUCGCACGAAGCGAAAGUGAACAAAUGGCUGGCUGAACAGAACGCAGCCUUGGCCGAACAACCUCUGGGAACCGAUUACCUAUCCCCGCGCCGUCGCAGGCCCAGGGUGGACCCCACCCUCCUCGAUUGGAAGAAGCUGACGGGCGAUGAGAAUGUCUCUGUCAUCCACCGAGUGACAGGGAAGAAACUGACCGGACCUAAAGCGCCUACGCUUAAGCGGCUCGGUCAGUGGUUGAUGGAAAAUCAGAUGUACGAUAUUGAUCCUAAGUGGUCGGAUUUGGUUAAGGAGAAAGGUAAUUUGGGAACGGAUCUGCACAAAAGACUACCUGUUCAAAAUGUGUCUGGCAUGUCUGGAAGUAACAAACCGAAAUCCAGCAGCUCUGGACGGCCUCCCUUGCUAUCCAGCCCAACAGGUUCGACGUCCAGCGUCAGUUCAGCCAACGUGACCACCUCAUUACCUUCCAAUAUGUCAUUCCCGUCGCUGAGCAAUUCGGGACUGGCGGGAAUAAACUCGAACCUUUUGUCUGGUCUUUCGGGACUGGGUCAGUUCGAUCCUAAGAACAAUCCGCUGCUCAUGCCGUUCGCCGGGUUGCCUAUGGGAUCGAUGGGCGGAUUGGGUAACCUAUCUAAUAUGAACUUGUUCGCUAAUCUGGCUGGAUUGGGAGGUUUGCCUGCAUUGGGUGGUAUGGAUCCGAGUCUGUUGGCUAGUGCGGCGGCAGCUGCAACCAGUGGCGGUAAAAGCACUAGCAAGUCCAACACAUCGUCCAGCAGUACCAAACAAGAAAAACCUCAAGAAGCCCACUCUUCCAGCAAGAGCCAAUCGUCAAGCAACAGUUCUAACAUUCCGACCACUAACCCAUUCCCGUUCUUCUUCCCCAACCCUAGCCUGCUCUACACCCCUAUCGGCUUGGGCGGUCUCAAUCCCUUCACUCUCCAACCGGGCAUGUCCGCUUAUGACAGCCUGAGUCUGUUGAACGGAAGUCUGAACCCUACACCUUCUUCCGGCUCCAACACCAAGCUCAAGUCCAGUUCUUCGAGUUCGUCCCGGCCUUCUUCUGUGGCGACUACUGCCACCGCCGUUUCUAGCCCUAGUAGCGGGAGCAGUGGCGGCAUGAAGCAGCCGAGCAGGUCCGUGAACACGAGGGACGCGCACAUACAACAACUGUUGCUGCCGCCCGAUACGCAGAUAUUGGAGGGGAUGUCGAAAGGGGCGCUCAGUGGGUUGGAGAUGAGUAUGAAGAUGGGCAAGGCGGAUAAAAAGGAGGAGAAGAGAAAGGCACUGGAAAGUUUAAGAGGUAUAUUGCCGACUGAUUUUACUCAUAUGUCUAAAGACAAAAGAUCUUCGGGAUUCCCCGGCCUAGCUGACUUUACGAAACUGUUAGAAGCGCAAGGCCAAUCGUCCAAGAAAUCUCAGGAACAACAGAUGCGAGAGGCGCUGGAACAGUUUAAUAAAACUAACGAAAUUAUAAUGGCAAAAGCUUUAGCUGAAGAACAGGUGCGACUAAGUAGUACAUCGAGUAUGAAAAGACCAAGGGAAGCGAGUCAAUCGCCUUUACCUUUAGACAAGUCUUCGGUAGUGGAGGAGGAUCAACCGCCUGCGAAGAUACCUAAAAUUCAUACGCCUCAACCCGUAGAACCUAUGGAGAGGCUUCCUACGCCUCAACCGCAAUCGGUGCCGCAAAAACAGCCUUCACCGGCACCGACGUCCACGCCUAUACCCCCCAUUGAACAAGAGGGAGUAGACAUCGAAACUUUACUACCUUCUUCAGUAGUCACUUCCGCUACCGUCACGCCGGAGAAAUCUCGGCCCGUCAGCCCGCAGCAGGACGUAAGUGAACCUGCAGAAGAGCUCGAACCACCAGAUCAGGUUAUCCAACAACCGGAACUUGAUAAUUCUGCCCAAGCCGCGUCAUCUAAAGAGGACGAUAGUAAAAGCGUUGCCGGCGGCGCGGAGGAAGCUGAUCUACCGCCAAAGAAAAAUACUAAACGUAGAGGUAAACGCAAGUCGGGUGACAUCCUCCUCGACCCCGAAGCCGUCAUGGAGAAGAAGAACCUGAGGUCGAGCGCUAGCAGGUCUGCCGCGGCGGCCGCUGCAAGACAACAAAGAGAGGCGGAAAACGCACAACGAGAGAGUGAGAACGCAUCCUAAGAAUGACAGCACAAAUAAGAACAGAAUUGAAGACUGCUAGACGCGUUAUUUCGAUCGCUGUGAAUGGGUAUUUUGUAAACUGUGAUAAAACUAAAACGUUGAACGCUGAAAUAACUCGUGGAUAUCUCUAACAGUGUGUUAAUAUUCAUAAUUCGAUGUGAGUAUAUCGCCGAACUGAUCUAUUACGCUUGAUAAAUAUGUAUUCCCCCAAUUACAAUGAAAUAACUUCUUUUAAGGGCAUAAUAUUAACGGUAGUAGUUUUAACGGUUUCAAAGAUUGAAGUUAAUCAUCAUCUGCAUAAGGAGACUCGAAUUCUCUUUUUUUCGUAACUCUUUUAAUAGUUACAAAAAAUAUGUUUAAACAAAAAUUGAAUGAAAAAUUCGACGUUUAUUUUUCUUUUUUAUUAUUAUUUUUAUUAUUUAAUUUUAAUGAAGUGUCUUUAUUUUUUAAGUAUCGAUAUUCUUUUUAUUUUUACUUUCUACAUGUAAAUAUAUGUUUAGACAUUUAGAGACGUUGAGUGUGAAAAAGUGUGUAAAUAAAUGUGUGUUUCAUUUAUUAUUUUUCUCUGUUUAAGAAACUCUUUAGUCAUUUAGAGUUGUGUCAAAACAAGUAACAUUUUUAUUUAGCAAUAUUUAUGCAUCCUGUGUUUCUAUUUAUUGACUUUUUAUAUUUUUUACUUAAAAUUUGACUUCAUUGCAGGAUACUAUAGGUUGUCUCAAUCGUAAACAUGUACACUUCUAGUAUGGUAGCUCUCUCAUUUAUUGUUAUAAAAAAUUCAUAUAGGUAAAUAAAUAUUAUAAAGCAAGA